AUGAAUUUAUUGGAUUUGAUCUAAACUGAAGUAACAUGUAGCAUUAUCUAGGUUACUAAUUACUUUCCGAAAUUGAUGAAUAAAUUAACUGAGUUAGGAUAGGAAACUGCCAGCAUAAUUCAGCCAGAAAACUCAUUUAAAAAAAUCUAAUUCAUUUUUGCUAUCUUAGAUGAUGUAUUGAAGUAUAGAACAAAUAUCACUAUUCUAUUUUAGAGUAUUGUCAGAUUUGAAUCAAUAGUAUGCAUAAUUGGAGGAAUAACUGUAGAAUUACGAAGGAUAAUGCAGAGAUCAUAUUAGGGUAUCGAAGAGAAAAUUAACAAAUAGACAGAAUAGAGAUUGAAGCUUUAUUGUGAGAAUGUGUAGGAGCUAUAUGAUUAAUAGGUUUCUAUUGAAAAAGAACACAAAUGUUAGAUCCAUGUAUUGAAAUCGCAUAAUAUUUAUUAGAAUUAAUAAAAGGAAAUCACUUAAUUAAAAAAAGAAUUAAACGAUUCCUAAAAUUUAAGGAAAGACAAAAAUCAUUUGGAAAAUUCUAAAUAAACUAUUGUACUUGAAAAUAAAUAUCGAUCAUCCAUUUUCUAGAAUGGAUUUUAAAAUUAAACAUUUGCUCUCAAACUAAUAAAUCGUAAAAAUAGAUCAAUCACUGAAGCCUAAGAAGUCUUGACUAAAUCAAAAUAAUCAAUGGAUGAGAGACAAUAUUAAUUAUCCCUAGAUAAGACUCAAGACAUGAUAACUCAUAAUCCAAGACCAAAGUCUAGGAUGAAUAUUAAAUAGAAAUCAAUGACUUUAUAGCUGACUUCUAUAUAAAAAGGCAAUACAAUCAAAAAACCAUGA